GAUGUACGGAUUUGAGAUAUGUGUGGUAUGCUCCUGUUAUGUAACAUCCCAAUGCAGCAAAACAAACGACUGUGCCUCCUGCGCCUCAGUUAGCGUUCCGUCUGACGUCACGAUUCAACAUCAAUACUCAAUCACAUCGUUAACGGUUUACCUUCUAUGCAGACUUCAGCAAUCAAUACCAUCUACUUCAAAGUCAGCCUCGCUCGCUAUGGACACACUCUCACAAGAAAUCAUCGACCAAAUCGCUAGCUAUCUGCAUUGGCCGCGUGAUACUAGAGAACAAUUACUUAUCGUGUCUAAAGCAUUCCAAAACUCAGUGGAACGAAAAACCCUCGCAAAGUUCUACCUUAGACAGGGCAAUACAGACAAUUUCCUACGACUUUAUUCUGGGGAGCGGAUACGCUAUCUUCGCGAAGUCAAAUUUACAUCUACGUUUCCCACGUCACAGGGUGACCGAAAUUUCAGUGAGGGGUGUCGCGAAAAGCCUAGCGAUCUGCUCGAAAAAGAUGAGCUGUUCACUCGCCAGAUUGGUGUCCUCUUCUCAACCUUGAAAUCCCUUGAAGAUCGAAUUGGAGCCGAAAAGAUGGCUGGGAAAUUACGCCUUACUAUCUUCCCACCGAGGAGGUCUGUCGACUGUAGAAGAUGCCAUCAUCGCGUUUGUGUCUGUUGGCGUGUUCACUUGCUCAACCCAGGAACGCUACCCCAGCUCUGCUCAAUCCAUACCCUCAAAUUCAAACAUAGAGGCUGGUGGUCUACUACAGGCUGGAGUCACGACUCAGACAGUUUGGACUAUCAAGUCCCCUCAAAGCUGGAUCUGCGGAUUAUGAUCGACAUUGCUUCAAAACUUUCAAAACUUGAGCGAUUGAAAUGGAAACUAGACAUCUUUUGGGAUGAAAUGAACUCAGCCAGGAGAGCCGAAAGACAUUAUAUGCAGGAUUGGGCGGGACCUCAUCGAGAUACCCGGCACGAUUUUGCGAAAGCCAUAGAUUCUGUUGAACUUCCCUCAUCCUUGAAGCACGUAGACCUCGACUUUCAUCGCGGGGCCGAGGAUUAUAUGGAUCAGAAUGAAGUUCGGCCAAAUCUUGUUUUGCCUCGACACUACGAUUCGUUCAGCAGUGGCUUACGAAUGCUCUCUUCUCAACUUGUAACUUUGUCCCUCAGAAUCAUUGCAGAUCAGACUUUGUUUUGGCCUACUGAUGAAAACGCUCCAAAUUGGCCGAAUCUGAAGUAUCUUCAUGUAGAAUUUACCCAUUAUAGUCCGUCUGGGACUUGGUAUUUUCAAGGUCCUCAGGGCGAAGGGUCCGACACGUCCCCCGGGUACGAGAUUACUAAAGCACAUUAUGAGCCGAUGGAAGCAAAUUCGACGGAUAAUGAAUACGACACCAAGACGCGUGUGGGUCGUUAUGUCACACACACCGACACGCAAUUUCGAAUAGUACCCAUCGAAAGAACCCUUAACCCUCUCCUAAUCUCAUUCGCGAGAGCAGCCGCUUGCAUGCCCUCUUUACGAAAGGCUGUUUUGUGCACAUGCCUUGAAUUCAAUCCUCGAGACAUAUACGAUUACUAUAAUGACUUUCUAGAAGAAAUCGAACAGAAGGGGGGAACCAAUGGGGACUGUAAUUUGAUGGAUUGGGGUAUUGCCUACGCUAAGCCAGGGGAAAACAUUCCAAUAAAGGGAAUGGGGCACACAAAUUGCGCGUCGAGGCAAUUCUGGUGGAUGACGCAGGACUGGCGACCAGAUACCACACUGUGUACAUUGAUUCAUAAAAUUGGCGCGCAGCAGCAUGGCAAAGAGGCAAUAGAUCACUGGGCGAGUGAUCAAGGACACCCAUGGGACACCGGAAGAACCUUGACCCGUGGUUUGUGA